UACCAGCACUGCCCAUAAUUGCCUUCCGGUAUAAAGAUCGUCCACGAGGAGGAGCCAGAGCACAAGGCGAUCUUCUCACAGGAGCUAGCUAGCCCACAUCGUCUCUCCAUCUUUCUUGGUUAAUUUUCUUGUGUGACAGCAGACUCGAUCAGGGAAAUGGCUGACGAAGUUCAGGCGCUGACCAAGGCCUUCUCAGGUCUGGGAGGGCUGGGGGUGGACGAAACGACGAUGGUGUCAACGCUGGCUCAGUGGCGCAAGCAGCCGGAGAAGCGUUCGGGGUUCCGGAAGAGCUUCCGGGGGCUUUUCAAGGAGCACGGCGUGAUAGAGCGUUGCGAGGACGAGUACAUGCUGCACCUGGCGGCCGAGUUCUCCCGGUUCAAGAACCUGAUGGUGCUGUGGGCGAUGCACCCGUGGGAGCGCGACGCCCGGCUGGCGCACCACGUCCUGCACCAGGCCCACCCGCCCGCCAUCGCCGUGGAGAUCGCCUGCACCCGCUCCGCCGAGGACCUCCUCGGCGCCCGCAAGGCCUACCAGGCCCUCUUCCACCACUCCCUCGAGGAGGACGUCGCGUUCCACGCCAAGGACAAGCCUUACUGCAGCCUGCUGGUGGGGCUGGUGAGCGCGUACAGGUACGAAGGGCCGAAGGUGAACGAGGACACGGCCAAGGCGGAGGCCAAGGCGCUGGGCGCGGCCCUGAAGAAGAAGGAGGCCGCGGCCGUGGAGAACGGCGAGGUGGUGAGGAUCCUGACCACGAGGAGCAAGCCGCACCUGGUGGAGACCUUCAAGCACUACAAGGAGCUGCACGGCAAGCACAUCCACGAGGACCUCGGGAGCGAAGAGACUCUUAUUAGGGAGGCCGUGCAGUGCCUGGCGGCGCCGGAGAUGUACUUCAGCCAGGUGAUGGAGGCGGCGCUGCGGGAGGGCGCGGACCACCACGGGAAGGAGGCCCUGGCGCGGGUGGCCGUGACGCGCUCCGACGUCGACAUGGACGGCAUCAGGGCGGCUUACCAGGAGCAGUUCGGGGCCAGGCUUGAGGACGCCGUCGCGGCGUGCGCGCACGGACACUUCAAGGACGCGCUCCUCUCGCUCAUCGCCGGCGGCAAGUGAAAUCGGAUCAGAUCAACCGUUCCGGUGUUUCUUAGUUAUUGUUGUCCUCCGUGUGUGCACGCGCUGGUUAAUUUAAUUUGGCAUCGGUCGAUCGGGCGUUGUACUGUCGUUUUCAGCUGAGGUUGGGAUCAAUAAAAUGAUGAGAGACUUUUGGAUCUUC